AUGCACAAAAUACUGCAGAAAAACCCAAACAUAGGAGAAAAUACCGAACACAGUCUAUUUUCUUCACACCGGACAACACCAAGUUAUGUGGCCUUCACAGACACCGAAAGGCUCAUUGGAGAUGAUUCUAAAAAUCAGGUUGCAAUGAACCCAACAAACACAGUUUUUGAUGCCAAGCGUUUGAUUGGCCACAGAUUUGAGGAUACUGUUGUGCAGUCUGACAUGAAGCACUGGCCCUUCAAUGUUAUAGGUGAUGGAGGCAGACCAAAGGUCGAGGUGGAAUACAAAGGUGAAUCCAAAUCUUUCUAACCAGAGGAGAUCUCUUCCAUGGUCUUGGUGAAGAUGAAGGAAAUUGCUGAGGCUUACUUGGGCAAGACCGUGUGCAAUGCAGAAAUCACUGUACCAGCUUACUUCAAUGACUCUCAGCGUCAAGCUACAAAGGAUGCGGGCACAAUCUCUGGUCUCAAUGUGUUGUGUAUAAUUAACGAGCCAACUUUUGCAGCCAUUGCUUAUGGCUUGGAUAAGAAAGUUGGAGCAGAGAGAAACGUGCUUAUCUUUGAUCUUGGUGGUGGAACUUUUGAUGUCUCCAUCCUGACCAUUGAAGAUGGUAUCUUUGAAGUAAAGUCAACAGCUGGUGACACUCUCUUGGGUGGAGAAGAUUUCGAUAACCGCAUGGUGAAUCACUUUUUCGCAGAAUUCAAAAGGAAACACAAGAACGACAUCAUUGAAAAUAAGAGAGCUGAACGAGGAAAUAAAACUAAAAGAGCCCACAUACCUCUGCAACCCUACUGGCAGACUGAGAGAACAAAGCAGACACCCGACUGA